UCUGCGCCAGCCGACUGCACAGGUCGCACCGCCUCCCUCUCUCCAGUCCACACCACCGACCCUUAGCUCGGGUGGAGGGCGGCGCAUCGCAAACUAUGAUGUCUUAUCCCAGAAAGACAACUUUUAGCAGAGCACUGCUUCUACUCAGUGCACUCUUAAUGCUUUCCAUAAUAACGUCCCUCGGUCGUAGGGGAGAAACUCUAAAAUCACUGCCAGAAAUCAGCAAAACAUCUGAACAAUUUUCCGCAGUUGCUGAAGCUGAUAUGAUGGCACAACAGUACCGGCGGGAACUCUUAGAGAAACGCUGUAUUAGCACAAAGUCUUUGAAAACAUUCGAUUAUCUCAUCGAACGCCCAUGGCUGCUCCGCUGGCUUAUCUACAAUGAUGAACAUCGACUGAUGUACUGCUACGUUCCAAAGGUUUCCUGCACGCAGUGGAAGAAGCUCUUUGGUAUACUGUCCGGAGUGUUUCCAAAUGUACCUUUCAAUAGCAUAAAUUCUGGACAUGCGCACGAGCCAAACCUUUUCCCGAGCCUGGCACAACUCCCCGAACCCGAAAUACGCCGCCGGCUGGAGACGUACACCUCCUUCAUGUUCACGCGGCACCCCCUCGAGAGGAUGGCCUCUGCUUACCGCGACAAACUAAGCCCAGGCAAUACCGUAUAUCGCCAGCAAUAUGCGGCAAAGAUAAUGGGUCAGCCCAACGGCAGCAUUUCAAUUCACAAUCGCCAAAAUACAUCCCUCCCUCUAGAUGAGCUGCCGACGGUCACAUUCGAUAAGUUCGCUGAGUGGAUAGUUCGGGCGGGUCCUGUGGACUUAGACACGAACAGCAAGAAAGCGCAGCACGACGAACACUGGCGUCCGAUGGUGGACCUGUGCCACCCGUGCACCAUCCCGUACACGGUACUCGGCAGGACGGCCACCCUCGCCGAGGACGCCCGGCUCGUGCUGCGGACCGCCAACAUCACCUCGGUCAAGUUCCCCGAAGGGUACCGGUCGGCCACCCCGGGCGUCACGGAGAGCCUGGUGAGCCUGCUCCGGACGGACGUGCUGAAGGGCGUGCUGCGACACUACCUGCACGACCUGUUCCUGUUUGGAUAUCGUCCGCAGGCUGUCUUCCAUGAAAACGCGACGGCUCGCGAUAUCACCCAAAACAUGUAUGAGGAACUUCUGGCAGAAGCUAUGAUGCCGCACACGUGAAUAUGAUGUGGUUGUGUUCACUACUCGACUGCGCCUUCAAAACGCAACAAAACGUUCGUUGGGCGUUUCGUGGGAGGGUUUGUAUAAUUUGUCAAGAUGUCACUUAGUAAAAUAAAUCAAACUACUUCACCAGUCCACCACCCAUUACCAGGCGGUGGACUGUUGUCAACGAGGACGUCUUGCGUUGAAGAGGCAGACGUCCUCGGUGACGAGUGUCAACGCAAUGACUCCGUUUUCUUGCAUCUUCACGAGAAAAUCUGCAGCCAGAUUAUCCGUGUGGAGCGUUCCGGCGAGCCUUUCUAACCACCACAGGGUGCACUGUAGGUCACCGCUGCGGUGAUCAGCGGUUGAACGCUUCUGAGUGUGUCUGACCACGCCUGUGCCUGUGUGUGUAUGUUUCUCUGUAUUUUUUUUUUAUUAUCAGGUAACCAGGAUUGUUUCACGCCUAGCAAACCCAUACGUUAACCCACGCAUGACUGGGGUAUUUUCCCAGACCCGGAAAGUAGAUGCGGCCCUGAAAUCUAUUAAUC